AUGAAAAGUGCAACACCAGAACCCAAAGCCAUGACUCCAAGUAAAAAAUCAAAACAUGAAGAAUUUAAAACUCCAACAUAUGCUGCUCACUCCAGUCCAAGUAUGAAUUAUGCAACACCGGACCCAAAAGCAUUGACUUCAACACCAGGUCCUCUUGCUGACAAUAUUCAACCCAUGUCUGAUAUGUCCAGAAUUUCAUCUUCUGAGAGUGAAAGACAAGCUGACGAUUCUGAUGCACAUAUCUCAGGGAUUGAAGAAUUACCAAGUCGUAGACGGUCACAUUUGAAAGAAUCCAGCAGUUUCAUAAAUCCUUUUGUGUAA